AUGGGCAGCUGGGUCUCCAAACCAAAGGCCGAGUUGAGCGUCGAUACUGUUUCGCUUGGAAUGGUGGUGAUCGAUGAGAUACGUCUACCUUCUCGACCGCCUUUGAUCGACGUAGCGGGGGGGUCUGGAACUUAUGCUACUCUCGGAAGCCGCCUGUUCUCUACCUGUGGGCAGUCACAUCGGGUAGGCUGCCUGGUCCUUGCGGGGCGUGAUUUCCCGGAUGCUAUACGGGAACAGCUCUUAGGCUGGCAAAUGUCUCUGGUAUUGAACUUAUCGGAAGACAAAUUAAGCACCAGGGGCCUCCUCGAGUAUGAAGAUGACACGUUUGGUCCGAAGAAAUUCCGAUACACUACGCCACCAUUGAAAGCGUCACCCAUUGAUCUAAUCGACUCUUAUUUGCUGAAUUCUAGAGCGUUUCAUCUCCUCGCGACGCCCGAGGAAGUGCAAAAGCAAAUCCCCGAAUUAAUCAAGCUCCGUGCUCAACGCGGGGUCAAGAAGCGGCCCUUUCUCGUGUGGGAGCCUUUACCUGCCGCCUGUAUCACACGUAAUCGGGACGCUUUCCUUCAAGCAUGUAAAUUAGUGGAUGUAUUUUCACCAAAUCAUCUCGAAAUGUCUGCCUUGUUUGAGGACCCGCCUCUAAAGAUGCUUCAGCCAGACCAACUGGAGGCGUAUGCACUGGAGUUUUCCAGGGCGACAGGAAUGAGUGGCAACGGCAUUGUAAUAAUAAGAGCCGGUGAACACGGCUCGCUGGCCACCCAGAAUGCAGCCAAGAAGGUGUGGCUUCCACCCUACUAUCAAGAUGGCGCCACAAAAGUUGUCGAUCCUACUGGCGCAGGGAACACAUUUCUUGGUGGAUUCAUUGAAGGCUGGAAAAGAUCACAAGAUAUUGCCGAAGCAUCAGCAUUUGGCAACGUUGCUGCGAGUUUCGCUCUUGAACAGAUCGGCCUCCCUUCUUGUCAAAUGCGUGGCGGCAAGGAACUCUGGAAUGGCGUUCAGGUCAUGGACCGACUCACUGAGUACAAGGCUCUUCUCAAACUUCCUGGAACGACUUGA